CUAUUUCUGCAAUUACGAAAAACGUUUAGCACGUUGUAACUUUAAAAGAAAACUUAUUCAUGAAAAAUGUAUUCGUCAAGUAAGAAAUAUUUGUGCUUUUUAUUAAUUACAUGUAAUUUUUUCAAUUUCAUAAAAUCUGAAUCAACAAUAAAUGCUACUGAAAAACUCGUAAGUUUAGUCACUGAUUAUGGUUAUCCAUUUGAAAUUCAUCAUGUAACAACUGAGGAUGGUUAUAUAUUAGAAUUACACAGAAUACCACAUGGCAAAGAAAGUAAUGAUGAUAAAAAUAAUAAACCAGUGGCUAUGUUACAACAUGGACUAAUAGAUAGUUCUGCUUCUUUUAUGGUUGCUGGACCAAAUAGAUCAUUAGCUUUUCUUCUAGCUGAUAAUGGAUAUGACGUUUGGAUGAGUAAUAGUCGAGGAAAUAUUUACAGUAGAGAACAUAAUACGUUAUCGCCAAAGAAAACCGAUUUUUGGAAUUUUAGCUGGCAUGAAAUUGGUUUAUAUGAUUCACCGGCUGAGAUAGAUUUUAUUUUAAAUAAAACCAAUCAAAAGAAACUUUUUCACGUAUGUGUUUCUGAGGGAUGCACAGAGCUCUACGUGAUGACAUCACUAAAACCAGAGUACAAUGAUAAAAUUAUUUUUUCUGCUAAUUUAGCACCUGCUGCCUUUUUUCAAUAUCCAACUUAUAAUGCAAUGAUUGUUUUUCAUACUCCUUAUACGCUUAAGGAUAUUUUUAACUUAUUUGGAUAUGGAAGAGUGUUUGAUCAUUCACCAAUUGGAACAAUUACAAAUGCUUUUUGUCAACCUGGAAAAAUAACAAAUUACUUUUGUGUUAUUAUUAAUUACAUAAUAAUGGGAUUUGAUUGGUUUGAAACGGAUUUCGCACUUCUUUCAAAGUUUUUACAAUUCUAUCCUGCUGGUGCAUCUAUUAAACAAUUUAUACAUUAUGGUUCUUUAAUUCAAUUUCCUGGUACUUUUCGACAAUUUGAUUACGGAAUGUCCAAGAAUAGAGAAGUGUAUAAAUCACGACUUCCACCUAAAUAUCCUUUGGAAAAAAUAACGAUACCCGUUGCUAUUUUUCAUGGUUUAAAUGAUGCAAUUAUUUCAAUGAAGGAUGUUGAAACCUUAUCAAAACGUCUUCCAAAAGUUGUGGAAACUACAAUGUUGGAGAAUUUUAAUCAUCUUGACGUUUAUUUGCACCAAGACAUAAAUGAUUUAGUUUAUAAUAAAAUUAUUAAACUAUUUCAAGAUAAUUCAAAAUAAUGCAGCUGAUAUAUAAUACUAAAAUUAUCUCAUCAAUAAAGCAACAAAAUCAAUUACUUUAUUAUAUAUUUUUACCAAUUUACAAAAUUUGGUUAAUUCUCUUAUCUAAUAUAUAAUUGUGUGAUAAUAAAAUAAUAAUUCCAAAAAAUG